GUCUUCGGCUCCACUGCUGCAUCAGUGAAUGACAUGAGGAUGUGAAAGAAUACAGCGGGCUGGGCAUAUGAUUUUAAAGCCAUUCUCGAACGGACUGAUAUAUGGACGAUGAGGAAUACACUAAGGACUGACUGAGGAACGGCCUGCAUUUCAGCCUGAGUCUUCCUCACCUGCCAGCCAUGGACUAGACGAGAAGAGUGUGCUUGAGAGACUGUGUGACCGCAGACAUAAGCAUGGUGGUGAGGUGGCUGCUCAACUCCCAUUGAGAACACAAAAAAAUGAGAGCGUGAAGCUGCAGGGCAGGCAGCACAGCCACAUGAUCCCAUGACUCUGGACAUGGAUGCGGUCCUGUCAGACUUUGUUCGGUCCACAGGGGCAGAACCGGGUCUGGCACGAGACCUGCUGGAAGGUAAAAACUGGGACCUGAGCGCCGCUCUCAAUGACUAUGAGCAGCUCCGGCAGGUUCACACUGCCAACCUGCCCCACGUCUUCAAUGAGGGCCGUUACUACAAGCAGCCGGAGCGUAGCAGCACCCCGCAGCACAUCAGCAAGCCUGAGCAAUGCCCCCAGAAACAAGAGGACAACACUCAGGAGAAGCGUCUGUCGCGGGGCAUUUCCCAUGCCAGCUCUGCAAUCAUGUCUCUGGCCCGGCUGCAGGUGUCAGGGGAUUGUGCCAGGGAGCAGUUCCCCCUGGAGAUGCCCAUCUACACAUUCCAGCUGCCCGACCUAAGCGUGUACAGCGAGGACUUCCGUAGCUUCAUUGAGCGUGACCUCAUUGAGCAAUCCACCAUGGUGGCCCUGGAGCAGGCCGGUCGUUUAAACUGGUGGUCCACCAUGUGCACCAGCUGUAAGAAGCUACUACCAUUAGCGACAACAGGAGAUGGCAACUGUCUUCUGCAUGCAGCUUCUUUAGGAAUGUGGGGCUUUCACGACCGGGAUCUGGUGCUGCGGAAGAGUCUGUAUGCCAUGAUGAAGAGCGGAGCGGAGAGAGAAGCUCUGAAGAGGAGGUGGAGGUGGCAACAGACUCAACAGAACAAAGAGUCGGGGCUGGUGUACACCGAGGAGGAAUGGGAGAGAGAGUGGAACGAAUUGCUGAAGCUGGCCUCCAGUGAGCCGCGCACACACUUUAGCAAGAACGGCAACUCCAGCGGAGGGGUUGAUAACUCAGAAGACCCGGUUUACGAGAGCUUGGAGGAGUUCCAUGUGUUUGUACUUGCCCAUGUUCUGAGAAGACCUAUCGUGGUGAUCGCCGACACCAUGCUCAGAGACUCUGGAGGGGAAGCUUUUGCACCCAUUCCCUUCGGAGGGCUGUACCUGCCGUUGGAGGUGCCUCCCAACCGCUGUCACUGUUCCCCGUUGGUCCUGGCCUACGAUCAGGCUCACUUCUCCGCCCUGGUGUCCAUGGAGCAGAGAGACCAGCAGAGAGAGCAAGCCGUCAUCCCACUGACCGACUCUGAGCACAAGCUGCUAGCGUUGCACUUCGCAGUGGACCCUGGGAGGGACUGGGAGUGGGGGAGGGAUGACAAUGACAAUGCUAAGUUGGCAAAUCUUAUUCUAUCACUGGAAGCUAAACUAAACCUUCUGCACAACUACAUGAAUGUAACAUGGAUUCGAAUUCCUUCUGAAACAAGGGCUCCCUUGGCUCAGCCCGAGUCACCCACUGCCUCUGCAGGUGAGGAUGUACAGUCUCUGGCAGAAUCCAUGGACUCGGACCGGGAGUCUGUUUGCAGUAAUUCCAACAUCAAUAAUGGCAAGUCGAGUAAGGAAAAGGACAAAGACAAGCAGCGAAAGGACAAAGACAAAACACGGGCGGACUCAGUGGCCAACAAACUGGGCAGCUUCAGCAAGACUCUGGGAAUCAAACUUAAGAAGAAUAUGGGUGGCCUUGGAGGACUUGUUCAUGGAAAGAUCAGCAAGUCCACUUCAACAAAUGGUCGAACUGUAGAAAACGGAGAGCAGAAAUCCAAGAAAAAGGACUCGAAAACACGAAAAGGGAGCAAAGAGGAGUCAGGCCAGUCGGCCAGCACAUCCUCCUCAGAAAAGGCAACUAGUCCUUCUCCUACAGACCGUGCUUCUGGUAGCUCACCUGUUGAGAGACCGCCUGGAUCAGGCAAAAACUCUGGUGAUCGGACACUGGACAACUGGAAGUACAGCACAGAUGUCAAACUCAGCCUGAACAUACUUCGGGCAGCCAUGCAGGGUGAGCGCAAAUUCAUCUUUGCUGGGUUGCUGCUCACCAGCCACCGACACCAGUUCCAUGAAGAAAUGAUCAGCUUCUACCUGAGCAGUGCCCAGGAACGCUUUAGUGCUGAGCAGGAACAGAAGAGAAAGGCUGAGGCUGAGAAGAAGCCUCAGACCAAUGGGGUGGCACUAAAGAAGCCUGAACAGGAGAGUGUUUUCCAAAGGGAGCGUUCAGAUAGCUCUCCACCUGAGAGUUGCUCACCGGUGUUACAACCUAGCCAUAAUCCUUCCCAGGCUGUGAAGGUCCAAGAAAGGGGAAGCCCAAAACUUGCCGCUUCCCCUAUCCCGAUACCCAUCCCAGCCUCCAUCCCAGGAUCCUCCAUGUCCCCUGUCCCUUUCUCCUCCCCUAGUAACGGUGCUAAGAGACCUGGUCCAGUCCCUGUUUCAGCUCACUAUAGCCAUACGCCACCUAUCCAGAGGCACAGUGUCAUCCACCUGCGGGAUGUCAAUGUGCAGUCAUCCAGCUACCAAGAUGAAUCCUACAAGCCAGUGGUCGGCACUCUCAAAACUUGUGCUACCUACCCCCAGCAAAACCGCUCACUGUCCUCACAGAGCUACAGCCCAGCCCGCAUGUCUGGCAUCCGUACCAUUAAUGCCGUAGACGCCCUCCCGUACAACAUGCCUGGGGAACACAAGUCCCACACUUAUACCAACGGAUUCAACACUGGCGACAUCCGGGACUGUCUGGAGUUUGCAGAUGAGGACCCGGCGCCCCAUGCCUGGCUGGGGCAGGACAAAACCAAAGGGCAGAGUGGCGUUUGCCCAAUGUACUGUUUUCAGCAGAAACGUUGCAGGAGGGAGAACUGCACCUUCUAUGGCCGCCCCGAGACAGAGAACUUUUGUUCAUACUGUUAUAGAGAGGAGCUGAAACGUAGGGAACGAGAGGUGAAGGUGCACCGACCUGGAUAGCCCUGCAAAUGUGCACACAUAUAUAGCCACCCCCAAUGUGUGUGACAAGAACAGCAACACCUCCACCUUUUUGCACUUUGCAAGCGAUACAACGAACUGGCAUAACAUUUUCCUACUAUAUUUAAGAUCGGCCUCCUUGUAUUCUUGUUACUUUACUCUCAAUAGCGAACGAACACUGCUUUACAAUGACAGGAAGUGCAACCAGAAUCAGUUUACAGCUUUGGCCAGAGAUUGUGUUAUUGUUUGUCCUAUGUCCGAUUUACUUCAAUCUUUUACUUGUUCUAGAGUAAAAGCUCUCGUCUGUGCAUUUUGCUCAGUCCGUGUUGUAAACUCCUUGUACCUGCAGAAAGAGAUGUAAAAGCAUACGUCAGUCUCUAACGGAGCUUCCCAAUCAUGGAUGGGAAAACUCUGUUUAGAGGUCAUUAUAAUGCAAUACUUCACAGCUCUUUGGAAUCUUAAUAUUGAAUAACAUUGAUUUUGCUGUGCAUUGCAAAUAAUUACAACGGGAGGGAGAUGCACUGUUCAGCACUCUGAUUUUUUUGAAAGCAAUAAGUUUGGUAACAACCGCCACCCCUCCCCCUUUUAUCUAUGCAUUCAUGACGUCAGCCAUAUUCUACUUUUCCCCAUAUGAUUCUACGGGAUAUAGAUGAGAUUAUAAGAGGUCUGCUGUACAGGGAUUAUUAUGGUGGAAAAUAUUCAAUAUGUGGCAUAUCAGAGUGUGCUUUACAAUUGAUCGUGUGGGAUAUAUAUAUAUAUAUAUAUAUAUACUGUUCAUCAUGCAGUAUAUUGUAAUAUAAAGCCUUUUCAUAGAAGGGUUUGCAUUCCUUCAUGAUAUCAAAUGAAACCUCACUAUUGUGUGCUACUUGAACUUGACAUCCAGUACAGCAAGCAUUUGACUUCCAUUCAUUGCUUUCUGUAUUUGCAAUAUAUAACACAGUCAUGCUAGCGAAUGCUAAAUUACAAGAACCACCGUACCUGAGGAUAUCUGUAUGAAAUGCAAACCCUUAUAUGCUUCAGCAGUGGACUAAAGUUGGAAAGUUUAUGAAACUGUGUAUUUGUCAACUGUUUUAUACCUUCACCAAUGGCACAGCUUGGCUAUAAGCAAUUGGCAACUGCUCAUCAACAUUCUGUAGCACUCAUGCUAACACUGCCAUGCUAGCCUCUCAUGUGCCAAAAAUGGUCCUUCAUCCUCAUUUCAUUCGUCCUCAGGAAUAUUAGUCUUAACCACACAAUUGUGAUUAUCAUAUACAUAGAAGCAUCUAAAUCUAUAAAUGUAAAAUUGGAUAUUUAAAGGUACAAAUCUACCUCUCAAAAGCAUUUUUAGGUUUUUAACUCAUAGAUUACAUAGUAGUGUAAAAUCGUGCCCUAAGUAGGUUCAGCUUGAAAUGUUAGUAGCUGAAAGUUUCACGUGUACAAUAACACGACAAAUUCACAGCCAAUCAGAACAUGUUUUAUGUUUAAUAAAUGACCUAUGCGAUUGCACUGCGGGUGAAGCAACCCAGUAGUUGCGUUUCCAUUACCUUUUGCAAUGUUUUAUAAAUGUCAAUAAAAAAACUUAAGAAAUGACUUAAAGCCACCGGACUUGCCAUUAAUUUUAACUGUAGGAAACAUAGGCAUCUGUCUUUACAGAAGCAGCACAGAGAGCUGCUUCUGGGACACUUCUGAAACUGAAAUGAGACUCGGCAUGCCUGGCAUAAACACAAGCGUUUACUAGAGUAGCCGCAAUUGGCUGUGCAAACUUGUGCAUUGUAAAUAAUGGGUUAUCCCAGCUUUAACGGCAAGGAAAGCCCCUUAUUCAAGCAUUGUGUAGUCAAAGGUUAUAGUACAUUAAAGAAUGACCAUGUGUCUUUUAUAUACGCAAGGUGACCUGUAAAUGCAAAAAAAAAAAAAAAAAACGUUUCCAUUGCAGUUUUGCGAAAUAUUCGUUUUUCGAAUUGCCUAAAAAACCACCACAUGCGAGCGUAAAAACGUUUUAGCGCUCUAUGGAAGUUUCUGCAAAAUUGACGUGUUUCCAUUAGGCGUAUUUUUAAUUCACAAUUUCAAUUUGCGCAAUUUGAAGGGUAAUGGAAACGCAGCUUUUCCUAGAUAGCACAUGUACAUCUGCAAGAUGUCUGUUAAAGAUCACUUGAUCUGGAAAGUAUCUGCUGUAUACGAACGUCUGACAGACGUCUUUCAGAUGUCAGUUCUUCAUACAUUCUAUAUCAUAAACAUCUUAAAGACAUCUAAUAAACGUCUAUUUGACAUCUGAUAGGAAACGUCUAUGGACGUAUUGCAGAUGAGCAAACACUCAAAAAACACGUCUUUCAGAUGUAAAUGCAGAUGUCAAAUAGACGUCUACAUGAUGUACGUGUGCUAUCAGGGUUGAAACAAAACGAUGGACAAAGUUUUCAUACAUUUAGUUUGGACAAAAUCUGUCUCACGACCGGUUAGGACAUAUUGUCAAAUCAAAUCUCUAAAUGUAAAAUUGGACAUUUUAUGGUACAAGCCUACCUGUUGUUUUAGAUAUUAAUCACAGCAGUGCAAAAACCAUCACAGCGUACAACGUGCUAAGCUAAUUACUGACUAACCGGCUAACAAACACACCCCUUCGAUUGCUCGAAGCACUAAUUCUCAUUGUGUGUUAGAAAAUCAGGAUGUUACCGCACCAAUAACUGCGCCAACUAGCAUGACUAGCAUGUUAGCCACUUUGUGUGCCUCUGCUAAGCAAAGGACCAAGUGCUUUUCUACUUCAUGAACAAAAUUACCAUAAGAGCAGCGCUUGUUGUGUUUUGUUGUGUAGCGGUGUCCAGGUAACCAACGCCGUGUCUCUAUAAGUGUUUUGUCUUUCCUGGCCAAGGAUGUCCACUGCUUCGUUCUCUUCCCACGUUUCUACACCUCCACAAUCAUGUGUGUCUUUCGCUUCCCAUCUUCCUGCUUUUCCUUUCCCUCCUUUAUAUUUGACAAGCUCAUGGACUCUCACUGUCUUAGAAUUGUAAAAUAUGAUUUUGUAUUCAUUUGAGAGUUUUACACUACUUUAAAUUAUUAAUUUGCACAUUAGGUACCAAUGUAAAUAGCAGGAGAAAAAGAGACAAAAUAAGAUUAGUUUAUUGUUAACUACGGUGUCUGUGUGGUUCUUUUAAUUGUUUCUGUGGAAGAAAGGUGUGUGCUUGUGCGCUUGCAGACUUGCGUGUCUGUGUGUGUUUUUCCUCAACGUUCUGUAAUUUGAGCAGUGCCCUAGGCUGCCGUUUCAGUCUACAGUAUACAACACCCACAUUAGACUGUCUGAAUUCUCAUAUGAUUGAGCCCGCGAAACUGAAAUAGAAUCUGGUAUAAAACUCUGCGUCUAGUGCCGUUCAGCUUCUAUAUCCCUGCAGUAGUUGCUGUCAGUCGUGGACCAUGAAACACGGCACCAAACAGCUGCCCCACAGGUCACCUGUUUAACAUCUGCCAGAAAGUCUCGCCCUGACAAUGAACUCUCUGUUGUGUUGUACGCUCACUUAAGACGGACAUUCUUUGCAUACUGUACACAAAAGAUUUUAGAGGCCCGAGACUUAAAAGCGAAUCAGGUCACUUUAAAGAACGAUACAUGAUUUGGGUCACCCUUAAAAUUUUAGUCCUAAGACUGCAAAAUAUCUUGAAUUGAAAAUGUGAUGGUGGCUUAUCUGCUAUCACCAAAUGUCAUUUGCAUCAUGCGUGAGAUGUUUUUCUUAUGACUGUCGUGAAACAGGAUACUCUCAAGUUUUUGCAAAAGGAUCACGGACACACCCACACAUUUACUAAGAGCUGAUCUAAGGGUGCAUGCUAUGGAAGAUAUAAUCCUGCUGACGCAGAAACCAGGGCACUUUCCCAAGAACUGAACCAUGUUCCAGCUGUCAUAAAGAUGUAAAAUGACUUAGCAUUUAGCAACCUGUUCACUCUAGUCUAACAAGUGGAUUUGUGGGCCCCCUUUUAACAGUAUCAAGUAUUACACUCAUUUAAAUUAAUCAUUUAUGGUUUAUUUUCGCAUGGUGGUCUUAGGGUGGGCGGGCAUUGUGGCACUGACAUUAACAGUGUGAUUCUGUGCCCUUAUUUUACCUUACACUGACUGUUAUUGCACACCCUAAAGCUGCGUUUACGCAUCUCCAAAAUUCACUUAUGAUCGUCUCAGAUCACACAGAAUUUUUUAUUAGAAUCACAGCCAGUCUGGCAUUUUCCAACCUGAUCUCAUGACGAAAACGUACCUGUGAGAACAUUUUUGCGAGAUGCAAAAUACAUACCAAUAGGUACAUAAUCACUGCAGUUUCCAAUAGAAAUGUCCAUUAGAGGCAGUAAAACAGCCAUCACUCAUAAUCGUUUUCAUACACAGUUAUGUUUACAGCUCCAUAUGUUUACUUUCCAGACGUAACAAGCUUGCUCGGUAGCUCAGCUGGCACGGAAUUGGACUUCGUCUCCAAAAUUUCACCCCUAGUUGGACAGAAUCUUUUAUUAGAAUCACAGCCGGCAGUUUCCAACCUUAUCUUGUGACGAAAACGUACCUGUGGGAACGUUUUCACGAGAUGCGAAAUACGUACCAACAGCACUGCAAUAGCACUACAGUUUCCAACAGAAAUGUCCACUAGUGGCGGUAAAACGUACACGGUUAUUAUUACAGCUCCAUAUGUUUUACUUUCCAAACGUAACAAGCUUGCUCGGUAGUUCAUCUGGCACAUAAUUGGACUUCAUCUCCAAAAUGUCCACUAGUGGCGGAAAAACGGCGAGUACUUGUAAUUGUUUUCGUGCACAGUUAUUAUUACAGCUCUAAUGUGUUUCGCUUGCCGGACGUAACAAGCUUGCUCGGUACCUCAGCUGGCACAGAAUUAAACUUAGGAUGCAAAAUCCUAGGUACGAAUCCCGUGAAAAAUGACUCGCGCUAAAAGAGCCGAAAGAUGAGAGAUUGAAAAACAAGCUAAAACAGCAUGCUUGUGAUCGUGUUUUUACAUCACAUUCGCUUUUGUUCAAACUAUCUGGUAGGUUAAGGUGUAGUGCAGAUGGUAUGUUAUUUUAAAUAACUAUUUUAUGGUACAAGUCUACUUGUUGUUUUAGAUAUUGACCACAGCAGUGCAAAAACCAUCACAGUGAUCAACAUGCUAAGCUAAUAGCUGACUAACUGGCUAAUAAACAUACACCUGUUCAAUUCCUCAAAGCGUUCAAUUACUUUUGAGAUGCGAAAUACGUACCAGUAGGUACAUAUCACUGCAUCUUCCAACCGAAAUGUCCACUAGAGUCAGUAAAACGGUGAGCACUUGUAAUCGUUUUCGUACACAGUUAUGAUUACAGCUCCAUAUGUUUCGCCUACCGGACGUAACAAGCUUGCUCGGUACCUCAAGUUGGCACCAAAUUGGACUUAGGAUGUGGAAUCCUUAUGUAUGAAUCACGUAAAACAUGAUUCACGAUAAAAGAGUUGAAAGAUGAGAGAUCAAAAAACAAGCUAAAAUGGUAUGCUUGCAAUUGCAUUUUUUCUUCACAUUCACUUUUGUUCUCAUUCACAGUUAUGUUUUCGUGAUGAGACCAGGUUGGCAGUUUCAUAUGAUCUAGCUGCAAAAUGUAAAACAUUUCAAUGCAUCUAAAGUUUAAAGUAACAAUGAAAUUUUCACUUAUGGAUAUGAUCAGAACAUGUUGUUCCAAACCCGUAAUACAUUUGUUCGCCUUCAGAACACAUAUUAAGAUAUUUUUGAUGAAAUAAAAAAGAUAUCUGACUCUGCAUUGACAGCAACGGAACUACCACGUUCAAGGACCAGAAAGGUAGUAAGGUCAUCGUUAAAAUACUCCAUGUGACAUCAGUGGUUCAACCUUAAUUUUAUAAAUCUAUGAGAAUACUUUUUUGUGUGGACAGAAAACAAAUGCGUGCAUCGUGGUAUUCUUGCAACACCAUGUCCUUAAAGGGUUAGUUCACCCAAAAAUGAAAAUUCUGUCAUUAAUUACUCACCCUCAUGUUGUUCCAAACCCGUAAGACCUUUUAUCUUUGGAACACAAAUGAAGAUAUUUUUGAUGAAGUCCGGGAGCUCUCUGACCCUCCCAUAAACAGCAAGUGUACUACCACGCUCAAGGCCAGUCAAGGACAGUUUCAUUAAUCAGGACAUUUACUUUCACUAAAAAAAAGCUAAUUUCUGCUAAAGACGUGCCUGAUCAGCUAGAGUCGCCUCAAAGCCGUGUGGAAAGUUACAAAAAAUUCUGUGCAAAUGCCACGUGGAAUAAGGUUGCGCACACUCAAAGCGAACUUCAGCCAACACGCGUUGAGUAUAAAUUUGCCUUUACAUUCUCAUUAACGCAUGGCGGAGGCUGACACGGAAGAGGAGAAAUUGUUCAAUAAAGUAAUUUAUUGUUCCUGAAAAUUAAAAAGCUUCAUAAAAUUAAAGUUGAACCACUGAUGUCACAUUGACUAUUUUAACAAUGUCCUUACAACCUUUCUGGGCCUUGUACAUGUCAGUUGCGUUGCUGUCUAUGCAAGAUCAGAAAGCUCUCAGAUUUCAUCAAAAAUAUCUUCAUUUGCGUUCCAAAGGUGAAUGAAGGUCUUACGUGUUUGGAGAGACAUUAGGGUGAGUAAUUAAUGACACAAUUUUUAUUUUUGGGUGAACUAUCUCUUUAACCGUGAGCUUUUGAGUAAUCGUUGGAACUUGCUCCCAAAUUCCCUGUUGUUGGAACUUGCAAUGUAUUCGUGCGCAAAAACCUGCAUGUGAACAUUUUCAUGCCAAAAUCAUGAGAAGUCUUUGAGCUCAUAUUAAAAUCCCUGACGUUUGAUUGGAAACUUGGCAAACCCAAGCAUGAGAUGUUAUCUCUUCUGAAACUUUCAAAGAUGUGUGAGAUUACUUAGAUCUUUUUCUCCUGAGAAACAUCUGAGCCCUGAGUAUUUUGGUGAAAACCAAAAUACUACUGACAUACAAGUAGUGCCCUGACCUCUCAAGGGGUAAGUAGAAGGGGAAAGAUGUUUUUCUUUCCAAGAAGGCACGUGAACUCAUCUCCGUUCAAGGCAGCACACACUGCCAUCUAUCAAUCAGCAGAACGGCCCCUGUACGGCUCUCCUCUGACCUAGUUUGCAUUUGUGCGCAGCUCACUUCAAAACAUCACCCUGCCCACAUUUUUUUUUUUUU